GUGAAACUGAAGGAAGGAGACUGAACGAGGCUUGUUCCGCUGACGCUAGACUUACAGAAUGAAAAGUGCACGACCUGAGCACACACAAGGAUAAAGGCAGAGGAUCAAAUAUAGAGAGAUUGCAGGACAUUGAAAUACAAAUAAACCAGUAGAGAAGGAAGAGCUGUGCAGUGAAUUUCUAAUAAACAAUGGAUGUAUUUAUGGGUAAAAUGGCUCGCAUCAGGCGCUACUCUGAUGUGAUGACACUGCCCGAUUCUUUCAUCCAACGGCAGCAACUCGACGCCAGCAUGGCCGACACUUUCCUAGAGCAUCUCUGUCUGCUGGACAUCGACCAGGAGCCAAUCACAGCGCGCAACACCAGCAUAAUCUGCACCAUUGGUCCUGCGUCACGAUCAAUCCCCAAACUCCAAGAGAUGGUCAAGGCAGGAAUGAAUAUUGCACGCCUUAAUUUCUCUCAUGGCUCACAUGAGUACCACGGGGAAACCAUCAAAAACAUCCGAGAGGCGGUGGAGACGAUAACCUCUGACCCCUUGUAUUACCGGCCGGUUGCCAUUGCCUUGGAUACGAAGGGUCCAGAGAUCCGCACUGGAUUAGUGAAAGGGAAAGUGGAGGGGGAGGUGGAGCUGGAAAAGGGAAGCCAUGUCCGUGUGGUGGCAUCAGAGAACGACAGAGACAACACAGACGGGAAAAUGGUCUGGGUGGAUUACCCCAGCCUGCCCCAAGUCCUCAAGAAGGGAGACAAGAUCUUUAUAGAUGACGGACUCAUUGGACUCAAAGUGUUGGAAACAGGAGCUGACUGGGUGGACACUGUGGUGGAGUCGGGGGGGCUGCUGUGCAGCCGUAAAGGAGUGAACCUGCCCGGCUGCGACCUCAUCAACAUGAAUGCGGUCAGCGAGCGAGACGAGGCCGACCUGAGGUUCGGGGUGGCGCAGGGCAUCGACAUCGUAUUCGCCAGCUUCAUCCGCUCGGCCCAGGAUGUCAAAGAUGUGCGGCGAACUCUGGGGCCGCACGGGCGGGACAUCAAAGUGAUCAGCAAGGUGGAAAGCCGGCAAGGGGUUCAGAACUUUCAGGAGAUCUUAGCUGAGAGUGACGGCGUGAUGGUUGCCAGGGGCGACCUGGGGAUCGAAAUCCCGGCUGAGAAAGUCUUCAUCGCCCAGAAGAUGAUGAUUGGACGCUGCAACUCUGCCGGCAAGCCAGUCAUUUGUGCCACACAGAUGCUGGAGAGCAUGGUGGCCCACCCACGACCAACCAGAGCGGAGGGCAGUGACGUCGCCAACGCCGUGCUGGAUGGAGCAGACUGUGUAAUGUUAUCUGGGGAGACGGCCAAAGGACUGUUUCCUGUGGAGGCAGUCGCUAUGAUGCACUCGAUCUGCAGGGAGGCAGAGGCGGCCAUUUUCCACCAGCAGCUGUUUGAGGAGUUGCGUCGCCUCACUCCUCUCACCUCUGACCCCACAGAGGUCACUGCCAUCGGAGCGGUAGAGUCCUCCUUCAAGUGCUGCGCUGGGGCCAUCAUAGUCCUCACCACCAGCGGCAGGGCGGCACAUCUCCUGUCCAGGUACCGUCCUCGCUGUCCCAUUAUUUCAAUCACCAGGUGCCCUCAGGUGGCACGUCAGUCACAGCUGUUGAGAGGAGUGUUUCCCGUCCUCUUCCACCCUCUGCCUGCUCCCGUCUGGGCUGACGAUGUAGACAACAGGGUCAACUUCGGCAUGGACAUAGGCAAAGCAAGAGGAUUCUUCAAGUCGGGCGACAUGGUGAUUGUGGUGACAGGCUGGAUCCCCGGGUCUGGUCACACCAACAUUAUGAGAGCAGUCAACGUCCCAUAACAACUGACUUUACAUGACUCUAAAUCUGACUGACAUGCAGACCUAUAAACAUGAUAAGAACGUAAAAACCAUCCCUUUUUAUAAAUUCAACAAUAACCACUGGGAGUUAUAGCUUAUCAAAAGCAGCAGCAUCAUUGUUACUUAAACUCAAGGUUAUGUUAGGGAAACUCUGGUCUCAUGAAUGUUGAAUUUGUUUUUAAUGUGUCUUAAAGCAAUGACUCCCUCCAAAUAAAACUUGAAUCAUUAAGUUUAA